AUGCCUAGUCAAAUACAAACAUUGAUCGGAAAGAUCAGGAGGAAGCCCACAUUAGCAAGCGAUGGCAGGACGGCAGAAGCAUCGAGUGGGAUGAAGAACCACCAGAAGACUGGCAUCGUCAGCGACAUUAGAGGUCUCGGUGUUAAGGAUGCCAAAUUCGCUCUCGACGCUAUUACGACCCUGGCGUCCGGCGAGCCUUUGGACGACAAGGAUCUUCUCCUCGAGAAGGGAGUCCAGAUGCUACAGGGACUGCCUUUGAACAGUGGUCUCAGUGCAAAGGUCUCAGACGGUUUUAUUAGCAUGCUCUGGAAUGACUUGCCACACCCAACGCCUACACAUGCCGGCCCUUCAGCAAGAUACCGGAAGCACGACGGCUCAGGAAACAAUCCUCACAACCCUGAAAUGGGCAAAGCGGGAUCGCCAUAUGCGCGCAACGUGCCUCCCACCAAACCGAAAGGACCAAACCUGCCCGACGUCGAAGACGUAUACGAGGCACUUUUAAAGCGCAAUGGGCCUUUCCGCGAGCAUCCAUCUGGACUUAAUCGCCUGUUCUUUUCUUUUGCAACUAUAGUCAUUCACGAAUGUUUCCAAACCUCUAGGACGAACCCUUGGAUCAACGAGACGUCGAGCUAUGUUGACCUCAGCACCCUGUAUGGCAACACAGAGAAGAGCAGCCGCGCAAACCACAAUCAUGUCGCUGAGUCAUUACUGUCAGUGAAUGAGGACGGCAAAUACAAGUCCUGGGACAGCCUUGAUGAGGCAGGCAGGAAAUGGCAAGACGAGGACAUCUUCCAGAUUACGCGCAACAUUAACGUUGGAUUCUUCGCUUCGGUCGUGUUGAAGGACUACGUUGCUGCUAUUCUGAACACACCACGAGCCAAUUCAGAGUGGUCUCUCGAUCUUGGUAAAGAAAUUAAGCAAGGCGGUACACGUGUCGAGCGCGGGACCGGCAGCCAUGUAUCCGUCGAGUUCGCUGUUCUCUACCACUGGCACGCUGCUCUCAGCGCUGCGGACGAGAACUGGAUGGAGGACAUCAUCCGUUCCGUAUUCCCCGAUAUUCGUCACAUCGACGAUGUAACAAUCGAGAUGUUCCACAAGGUCAUGAAGGUCUACGGUCAUGACUUGAUGAGCAAGAAGCCUUGGGAGUGGACUUUCGGAGGCCUUGAGAGAGGAGCUGACGGCAAGUUCAACGACGCUCAGCUUUCCGAGUUAAUCAAAGACUGUAUCGAAGAGCCUGCUCACGCUUUUGGCGCCCACGGUACACCGGCCAGCCUCAAGGUUGUUGAUCUUAUGGGCCAGCUGCAAGCCCGUGAGAUGUUCAAUGUCUGCACACUCAAUGAGUUCCGUCGGUACCUUAAUCUGAAGCCGUACGAUACAUUUGAAGAUUGGUGCUCUGACAAGGAGACGGCACGAGCCGCUGAGCUCUUGUAUGGCCACAUGGAAAACAUGGAACUUUACCCAGGGUUGAUGGCCGAGUGCACGAAGCCUGCCAUGCCAGGUAGUGGUGUCUGUCCUGGUCAAACCACUGGUCGAGGUAUCUUGGAUGAUGCCGUCGCAUUGGUUCGCGGUGACCGUUUCUUGAGCUACGACUUUAAUAGUAAUACUCUUACGCAAUGGGGUGCGGCUUUGCUGGCAGAGACGACACCAGGAGCAUACGGCGGCGUGUUUCCCAAGCUGCUCUUCCAGGGGCUCCCAGGUGGAUUCAGAGGAACGUCCAGCUACGCGCUAUUACCCUUCUACACGCCUAAAGCGGCGAAAGAGAUUCUUACAGGCAAUAAGAUGGUUGAACAAUACGACCUCAGCCGCCCUCCGAGCGACUACGAUAUCAUCAGCGUCCAGACGCAAGAAGGUUGCAAGAAGGUGUUUGAGGAUCGUGAGAAUUUCGUUGUCAUGUACCAGGCAGCUAUUCGCAACUGUACUGCUGGGCAUGACUUCAUGAUCGGAUGGGACCAACAGAAGAAGCAUGACGAGAGGUCCAAUAUCUUGCACAAAGUUUUCUUCGAAGAGGGCUUUGAGAAGAACAUCAACGAGUUCUUCACAACCAACGUACGGAAGCUCAUUAAGCAGAAUUCGCUCAAAGGCGCCAAAGGCAGAAUGAGCAUCGACAUUGUUCGCGACGAGCAACCUAGAGGUUUGCUCUCUAUUCACGAAGCGUUCCUAGCGUACCUCGUUCUAUUCAUGUACCAAUCCUUCAACAUAAUGCCACACAAUGAGUGGAAACUACGAGCGGGCGCCAUGCAAGCUGCAGCACCCCUCCGCUCCAUCUUCGAAGCCCAUCUCAAGUCACAGACGGGACGUCUAGAAGGCCUGGUAGACUGGAUGGCCAAGGGCUCCGCCUUCGAAGUAGGUCCACACGCAGACCGCAUCUACCAUGCGCUUGCCGACACUAAGCUGCCCAUUGGCGACAUGGUGGGCGACUGCAUCGGCAUGGGCGCGCCCGUCGCUGGAAACCUAACCCAGCAAGCCAGUCUACUAAUCGACUUGUUCCUCUCUCCUGGGUACGAAAAGUACAAGGCUCGAAUUGUCGAGCUAUCGCACAUGGACCCCGCGACCUCGGACCGCGAACUCCAGGGUUUCGUCUACGAAGGAAUGCGCCACGUCGGUGUAGUUCCCGGACUCCCUCGCGUUGCAACCCGCGACAUCACCAUCAACGACGGCAUCCGUGGCCCCGUCUCCAUCAAGAAGGGCCACACGAUCCUCAUUGCCACAUCAAAAGCCGCCAUGGACCCCGUUGCGUUCCCCAACCCCGAGAUCCUGGAUCCGCACCGUUCAUUCAAGGAGUACACUUUACUCGGUCACGGCCUGCACUUUUGCUUCGGUGCCCGCCUCGUCGGCCCCUCUCUCGCCUCCACUCUACGCGAAGUCUUCAAGCUACCAAACGUACGUCGUGCGCCUGGUAAACAAGGUCGUUUCACUAUUACUGAGCAUAAACUCGCGGGUAUCACGAUGCGGCAUUAUCUCGAUUCUAGUUCAAAGGAGAGUCCUAUUCCCACGAGUUUGCGCCUUCACUACGAUAGUGAGGAUGUUGUUGCGACCGGGUUGAAUGGUCAUCUUACUAAUGGUCACACGGAUGGGCUAGCUAACGGACAUACAAACUAUGCUUCGAAUGGUCAUGCCAACGCAAAUGGCAACAAUGAGCAUGGGAAUGCGUAUACUAUUGCGCCUUAG